AACGGCUACUGUUAACUCAAUUGUUCAAUUCUGCUAGGAUUCUCCUAUACGUGGCGUGUUGAUCUUUGUUUCUUGUAGAGAAAAUUGUGACCAUUGUUGUGUUGUUUGAAGCAUCAAUCGAAUGAUUCAGCACCAACCAUUGGGUGUCCAAUAGGAUUGGAUGCUGCAGAUGGUCCUCGGUGAGCCUAUCCUGUGAUCGAAGAUUGACGAGGCAUCUCUUCAGAGGUAGCGAGAAGGUGCGCACCCGGUUCGGCUGAAGCAACCAAAAUAACCUAGAGGCUCACAGCCGACGUGCUGGUGUGACCGAUGGUUCGCAACAAAUACACGCUAACCACAACUGGCAAAUCGCCUAGCAAGAAGGCCCGAACCGGCAGCAUCAGCAAACAACACGACGCCAGCGACGACGGCGAGACCGGCAACCUGGACAGCGGAAGUGGCAGCGGGGGUAGCAGCGGAAGUGGUACUGGCGGCGCAGGCAACAGCACGGCCACCAAACGAUGUGACGGAUCGGUGCAUAAGCAGAACCUUUACAUUAUUUCGUUCCCCGUUAUCUUUGUGUUCAACGUUCUGCGUUCGCUGCUGUAUCAGUUGUUUAUUAUCUUUCGUUACGUGUACAACUUUACCACGAAAGUCGUAUACAAACCGGUGAAGAAAGAGUGCGGGCUCGAAAUUGUGAUUAACACCGACCACGGUCACCAUCAUCAUCACCACCAUCACCAUCGUCAUAGCAACCACAGUAUCCACGCAUCGCCCGCUACGCAUCAGCCGCAACAGCUGCAGCAACAGCAGCAGUAUCUGCAGCAGGAGCAGCAGCAUCCCAGCAGCUUGGGCGACGCUCAGCAACAGCAGCAGCAGCAAGCGCAUCCUUUGCAGUGCUCACACAGUGGCAUCCUAGUCAACAGUGAAGGCCGCGAAAUGUCCAUCCAACGUUCGGCGAGCGGAAGCCAGGUCGGCCCUGGCGAUCCCUUAUUGGCCAAGCAGAAGCACCACCACCGACGUGCGUUUGAGUACAUUUCGAAGGCACUGAAAAUUGAUGAAGACAAUGAAGAUCAGAAAGAGCUGGCCAUCGAACUCUACCGGAAGGGCAUCCUGGAGCUGGAGCGGGGCAUCGCCGUGGAGUGCUGGGGUGGCCGUGGGGAAGUGUGGGAACGAGCGCAACGUUUGCACGAUAAAAUGCAAACCAACCUUUCCAUGGCACGUGAUCGGCUGCACUUUCUCGAGUGCAUGUUGGAAGCCCAAAGGCUUGAAUUGGUCGAACUCGAAGCUAGUGAGGUAGCAAAACGCAAACACACUUCCCUCCAGCGUCAGAACACGUUCACACUCAGUAGUGACUUGGGUGAUACCACCACCGCAACCAGUGCCGUCCAUCAUCAACAUCAUCGUCCUCAUCACCACAGCCCGUCGACAUCCGUCGUUCAUGGCUCCUCCACCCCAAACUCCACGUCUUCGUCGUCCUCGUCGUCGUCGUCCUCCCCGGCAGCAAGGCAGCUGCAAUCGCUGCGAAACACAGCCGACAGCACGGGCGGCGCGGCGAAAUUUAAACUGCCCAUGUUUAUCCCGUCCAAUCUGAGGUCGCCGGUCGCGAGCUCACCAGCGACCGCCAGUGACAGCCCCUAUCGGGAGCCCAAAUCGAAGCAGUACAAUUCCGAGAACCGGAUAAUAUCAUUUAAUGAAAAUUGCACCACCACAACACCGUCCCGUAGCGGUGGUGGUGGCGGGUCCACCACCAUCCCGGCGACAACGACGACGAUGACGACGAGGACGAACGGCGGCACAACUCCGCAAACAUUGGCCAUUAAACAAACCCACAAUGAAGCAUCCGGCCGGAAAUUAACAGUUGGCUACAAGCGCCCCGGCAACCUGGGGGUGAUGAAUAAAUCGCAAACCCUCCCGCGCAGCAUGGGCGGCACCCGGACGACCCCGACCGGUGGAACCGGCAUCACCGGCGGCCUAUCGAACGGCAGUGGCUACGGUGCCAAUGGGAUAGGUGGAGGCGGUGGUGGGAUGCCAAAGAUUGUGCCAAAACCGGCGGCAACACCACCCGCCAUUCGACGACAGUUUUCGAUUCCUGGCAGCUCGCCAGUCCGGAAAGCUAGCAACGGUUAUGGCAGCAAAAAUACCCCACCACCAGCACGGUCGAAAACUCCCCUCGGCGGACAGCAGCAGCAGCAGCAGCAGCAACAGCAGCCACAAAUUGUCGUGAAGGGCGUGGAACCGAAGCUGGUGCAGAUCAUCAUGGACGAGAUCGUCGAGGGCGGUGCAAAGGUCGAAUGGCAGGACAUUGCUGGCCAGGAGGUGGCGAAACAGGCUCUCCAGGAGAUGGUCAUCUUGCCUUCGGUGCGCCCGGAGCUAUUCACUGGCCUGCGUACGCCCGCCAAGGGUCUGCUACUGUUCGGUCCGCCCGGCAACGGCAAGACGCUGCUCGCCCGGGCCGUCGCGACCGAGUGUUCGGCCACCUUCUUCAGCAUAUCGGCCGCGUCGCUCACGAGCAAGUACGUGGGGGACGGAGAGAAACUGGUGCGGGCAUUGUUUGCCGUGGCCCGCGAACUGCAACCCUCGAUCAUUUUCAUCGACGAGGUCGAUUCGGUGCUGUCUGAGCGUAGUAGCAACGAGCACGAGGCCACCCGCCGGCUGAAGACCGAAUUUCUCGUACAAUUCGAUGGCCUACCGGCAAACUCGGAGGCGGAUCGAAUUGUCGUAAUGGCUGCCACCAAUCGACCACAGGAGCUCGACGAGGCGGCCCUCCGUCGGUUUCCGAAGCGCGUUUACGUGACCCUGCCGGAUCAGGACACGCGAGAGUUACUGCUGCGACGACUCCUCCAGAAACAAGGCGCUCCUCUCGGUGAUGCCGAUCUGAAGCGCCUCGCGCUGCUCACCGAGGGUUACUCGGGUUCCGAUUUGACUGCGCUGGCCCGGGAUGCAGCACUCGAACCAAUUCGAGAACUAAAUGUCGAGGAGGUGAAAAACAUGGACCCGACCAAGCUGCGAAGCAUUCGCGAAAGCGAUUUCCACAGCUCCCUCAAACGCAUCCGGCGUUCGGUGGCGCCGCACAGUCUGGCUGCGUACGAAAAGUGGCUGCAGGACUUUGGCGACGUUACGCUGUAAGGGCGACGACGAAUCGGAGGACACAUCGAAGAUACUUCGUUGACGCACAAAAUGGCUUUUAACGUGAAAUUGGGGAGAAAAAAACCCGCAAUUAACCGCUGGCCCGGGGAUCGACCGAAGAUGGGUGCUGCAUACAGCAACCUUAAGUCAACUUACGCCGUUGGCCGGUGGAAAUGGACCCCCGCAGAGGUUGUUCCGAACUCCACCGAGCAUAAUAAAUAACAUAUGUAUUCGUUGCUAGGACUCAAGAACGCGCAAUGGUGCUAACAAAUCAUUCACUCGCACUUUCAUUCUAUUCGUUUCGAUUGAAGCUCGUCGGAACUGGGAACAGUUCCAAACAUCUUCGGCGCGAACGCGCACCUCGGUACCAUUUCGGUUUGGUUGUGAAAUUGAGAAGAUUGAACAUAAAACAAGACUAUUAGGUUACGUGUGUAAUGUAAAUGUUAUUUUUGCUUGCCUAUAGAUUUGUUAUAACUACAUCUACACCAGAUGCUUUGCGCCAAGUUAUUGUUUGUUCUUUUCUCUAAUAUUUUUCGAAAGGAUAAACGUCGGUUAGAUAAAUGCAACGAGAGCGAGGAUGAUUUUUUGACUAACGCCAUUAAUAUUAGCGGAAUUUGUGGACAAAUCUCGACCGAUAAAAAAGCGCCCAUCAAACUUUCAGAACUGGAAACGAAGCCUUUCGCACCACCCGCUGUAAUGUAUAUAAACUGAAUUCGAACGGCAGCUCGUAGGGCCGGAAUCGCGCAAUAUUCCAAAUGAACACCGCAUUUGCACGAUUGAAGAAAAUACACCCCGGAUUGGAACGAGAUAUGCCACCAGUGAAGAUAACCAGCUGCUUAGGAAUUGUAAUGAAGUGAAUCAGAAGCGAGGAAAAUUCAAUAAAAGACUAUACUACAGUCACCGAUAAAUGCAUCAGCCUCCAGUGCGCAGGCCAAGCCUUGUUUUAAGGCACAUUUUAAUGGUCUUUACACACACCUACAGGAAGAAAACAAAUCGAGAAAGGAUGAAAACAGGCUGCUUUUGUGGGAAGUUUCUUGCGGGGUGCAAAAUAAACGAAAAACUUGAAAAGAUUGAACGUUUUGAAAAGGCAUUGACUACAAUCGCAUUGUGAUUGCACAGUCUUUGGAACAUUGGAAUGAUCUGAAUAAUUAGCUAAGCACAUCGAAAUUGCUUUCCUUGGGCUUGCAAACCCCGUACAAACUAGCAGAAGUAACGGUACAGAAGCUUGAGAUUCUAACAGGCGCCUUACGCUUUUUAAUGCUUAUAGUUUUCUACAACGUGUCGUAAUUGCCCAACGUAGUUGGCAACGACAAAUUUGCAAUAUUUCAUUGCUCCAUUAAACUACGGGAAAGUACAUCCUUUAAGGUUUGAUUUGUCUUUUUAACAAAACACAAAACAUAAAACAGUUGCCUUGCUACAGAACAGCUUGCUUGUUCUAUCAAAUCAAAACAAAAAUGAACCAUACCAGCAAAUCAAAGUAACCGUAGAUUCACUGUCUCAUCGCUCAUAACACCAUACUUCAUCAACAACAUAAACCAUUUUCAAAUCGAGAAAGGCGGGAAAAAUAAUGCAUUAAAGGAUCAUACGCCAAAGCAAAUGCCUCAAUCAAUCACACAAUUGUCGAUAUUAGCAAGUGAUUCACAAAAAUCACACCCAGCUAGAAGGAAGGCGAGGUUUUUAACCGUAGCAUUAUGACCCCAAUGUAAACACUCCAAAGCAAACAAGCAGUUUUCAAGAACUUCAACGAUCGGAGCAAAAUAAAGAGAGAUUGUAAAAAACACCAAACCAAAAUAGCGAAAAAGUUAGCUAGCAAAUAUAAUUUACGUUUCUUCGUUCCGUAACUCUAUAGUAGCUUCCGAUAGAAAUCUAAAAGCCUCUUCACAAUUAAUCUGCCGUCACUCGAUAGCUAACCGUUUUCUCACAUUUAUUUCCACCGACAAAGCCAACUUGAAUAACAUGAAAGGAUAAAUAUUUUCCUCCUUUAUGCAAAGCUUCUCGAUUCCUGUGCUAGUUGUCGUUAGAAUAGAAAACAAUUGUACGGUAACCAGGUAGGAUUGUUUUUCGUCUUUAGCUUGCGAAAACAAUCAGUACAUUCCAUCCGAAAAGCAACACAAGUUGCGAAUGAUCAAAGUAGGUGUUAUUUUAUCUGCAAUCCCCUUAGCAUCAUACGAAAAUUGUAUGCGCACAGUCGGGACACGCUUACUACAGUAGUCAACAUUAUCGAUCGGUACGGAAAACAAUCGAAAACGACCCCAAUGUAGCGAUGUUUAUCAAAUAAGUACUUUAAAUAAUGCGAAUAAUUUUGUUUUGCAUAUACAUAGGAGCAAUCGGUACGUUCACUAUUCUGUUUGAUACUACAGUACUAACCGUAACGAGAAGAGUGGGUUGAAUCAACGCGAUCCUCCGCAACACAGCUGCUAAUGUGGAAACCGAAGGAGAUAAAACAAAGAACAACUCUUUCUAUAGCUGGUAACGUAAGAAAUGCAGAUGAAAUAAAGUCAUACCUACAAACAACCUUAAAAUGAAACCCGAACAUGUUCUUUCAAAUGCCUCACCAACCACCGUUGGGAAAUAAAGAUGCAAACUGUUUCAUUUUUUUCAUCCAUUUUCUUCCUCAAUCUGUUUGCUCGUCUUUCCACGUUUAUUAUUUUCCUUCACUUUGUUGCUUUCAUCUCAUUACUUUUUUAAAAUAACUAUAAUUGAUUCAUCUUCGAUCUUCUUUCCUUUUUUUUUGUUAAGUUUUUCGA